AUGAGUAGAACAUUUCCGUUUUCAAAUGCCCCCCUCCGUUCAGUCAAAGAAGUCCAGUUUGGUUUGCUAUCCCCUGAGGAAGUAAGGGCCAUAUCUGUUGCCAAGAUUGAGUAUCCGGAAACAAUGGACCAAGCAACCAAAAGACCUCGUGAAGGUGGUCUCAAUGAUCCAAGAUUGGGCUCGAUCGAUAGAAAUUUCAAAUGUCAAACUUGUGGCGAGGAUAUGGCUGAGUGUCCAGGUCAUUUUGGACAUAUAGAGUUGGCCAAACCUGUAUUCCAUAUUGGGUUCAUUGCCAAAAUUAAAAAAGUCUGUGAAUCCAUUUGCAUGCAUUGUGGGAAGUUACUAUUGGACGAACUGAAUCCGUUAAUGGCACAGGCGAUUAAGAUCAGAGACCCUAAAAAGAGAUUUAAUGCCGUUUGGAGUAUAUGUAAGAGUAAAAUGGUUUGUGAGACAGCCACCAGCGAGGAAGAGAUGAAUGAUCACAAUGUCAGAGGAGGCUGUGGACACACACAACCAACCAUCCGUAGGGAUGGACUAAAGUUGUGGGGAACUUGGAAACACAAUAAAAACUUUGAAGAGAAUGAUCAACCUGAACGUCGUUUAUUAACGCCUUCUGAGAUUCUCAACGUGUUUAAGCAUAUCAGUCCAGAGGAUUGUUAUAGAUUGGGAUUCAAUGAGGACUAUGCUAGGCCCGAGUGGAUGUUGAUCACUGUUUUGCCAGUGCCACCCCCACCAGUAAGGCCAUCUAUUGCGUUCAACGACACGGCCAGGGGAGAGGAUGACUUGACGUUCAAGUUAGCUGAUAUAAUAAAAGCCAACAUAAAUGUCCAACGUUUGGAAAUUGAUGGUUCUCCGCAACAUGUCAUUAGUGAGUUUGAAGCAUUGCUUCAGUUUCACGUAGCCACUUAUAUGGAUAAUGAUAUUGCAGGACAACCACAAGCGUUGCAGAAAACGGGAAGACCAAUCAAGUCAAUUAGAGCAAGGUUGAAGGGUAAAGAAGGGAGGUUGAGAGGUAAUUUAAUGGGGAAAAGAGUGGAUUUUUCGGCCCGUACAGUCAUCUCUGGUGAUCCUAAUUUGGACUUGGAUCAAGUUGGUGUUCCAAUAUCAAUUGCCAAGACCUUAACCUAUCCCGAAAUAGUAACACCAUACAACAUUCACAAAUUGACUGAAUUGGUGAGAAACGGACCAAAUGAACAUCCUGGUGCAAAGUAUGUGAUUAGAGAUACCGGAGAUCGUAUUGAUUUGAGAUACAACAAAAGAGCAGGUGACAUCGCUUUACAAUAUGGGUGGAAAGUUGAGCGUCAUUUGAUGGACGAUGAUCCAGUCUUGUUCAACCGUCAACCAUCAUUGCAUAAAAUGUCUAUGAUGGCGCACAGAGUGAAGGUUAUGCCAUAUUCUACAUUCAGAUUAAACUUGUCAGUAACUUCACCGUAUAAUGCCGAUUUCGAUGGUGACGAAAUGAACUUGCAUGUACCUCAAUCGCCAGAAACUAGAUCCGAGUUGUCACAAAUUUGUGCUGUUCCUCUUCAAAUUGUGUCGCCACAAUCUAACAAGCCAGUCAUGGGUAUCGUGCAGGACACGUUGUGUGGUAUUCGAAAGAUGACCUUGAGAGAUAUUUUCAUAGAGUAUGAUCAGGUGAUGAAUAUGUGUUAUUGGAUCCCUAAUUGGGAUGGUGUUAUCCCACCACCAGCAAUAAUUAAACCAAAACCCUUGUGGUCGGGAAAACAAAUGUUGUCGAUGGCUAUACCAAAGGGUAUCCACAUUCAAAGAUUUGAUGGUGGAAGAGAUUUAUUAAGUCCGAAGGAUACUGGUAUGUUGAUUGUGGAUGGUGAAAUCAUGUUUGGUGUUGUUGAUAAAAAGACCGUAGGUGCAACCGGUGGUGGUUUGAUUCACACAGUAAUGAGAGAAAAGGGGCCUCAGGUUUGUGCUCAGUUGUUUAGUUCGAUUCAAAAAGUGGUCAAUUUUUGGUUGCUACACAACGGGUUCAGUAUUGGUAUUGGGGAUACUAUUGCCGAUGCCAGCACCAUGAAGGACAUUACGAAAACAAUUCAAGAAGCUAAGCAAAAAGUGCAAGAGAUUAUUCUUGACGCCCAACACAACAAAUUAGAUCCAGAACCAGGUAUGACAUUGAGGGAAUCUUUCGAACACAAUGUCUCUCGUGUAUUGAAUCAAGCACGUGAUACCGCUGGGCGUUCAGCCGAGAUGAGUUUGAAGGAUUUGAAUAAUGUGAAACAGAUGGUUACUUCCGGUUCCAAAGGUUCUUUUAUCAAUAUUUCACAAAUGUCGGCGUGUGUUGGUCAACAAAUUGUGGAGGGUAAGAGAAUUCCUUUUGGUUUUGCCGACCGUUCCUUACCUCACUUCACUAAAGAUGAUUAUUCUCCAGAAUCAAAGGGUUUUGUUGAGAACUCGUAUUUGAGGGGUUUAACUCCACAAGAGUUUUUUUUCCAUGCAAUGGCAGGGAGAGAAGGUCUUAUUGAUACCGCCGUCAAGACCGCAGAGACUGGUUAUAUUCAACGUCGUUUGGUCAAAGCUUUGGAGGACAUCAUGGUGCAUUACGAUGGUACUACUAGGAACUCAUUGGGUGACAUUAUCCAAUUCAUCUAUGGUGAAGACGGUAUAGAUGCGACACAGGUUGAAAAGCAAUCUGUUGAUACAAUCCCAGGAUCUGAUGCAAGUUUUGAACGCAGAUACAGAAUCGACUUGUUGGAAAAGAAUGGCUCAAUUUCGGAGUCAUUGUUGGAAUCAGGCAAAGAAAUUCAGGGUGAUGUCAAGUUGCAAAAAUUAUUGGAUGAGGAGUAUAAUCAAUUGCUCAAGGAUAGGAGGUACUUGAGAGAUGUUUGUUUCCCCAAUGGUGACUUCAGCUGGCCAUUGCCAGUGAACUUGCGUCGUAUUAUCCAAAAUGCACAGCAAAUUUUUCACAAUGGUCGUUACAAGGCAUCGGACUUGAGAUUGGAUGAAAUUGUCAAUGGUGUACGUGAUUUGUGUACAAAGUUGUUAGUUGUCAGAGGUAAAACUAAAUUGGCAAAAGAGGCACAAGAGAAUGCUACUUUGCUAUUCCAAUGUUUGGUAAGAUCAAGGUUGGCUGCGCGAAGAGUCAUUGAAGAAUUCAAGUUGAACAGGUCUUCUUUUGAUUGGGUUUUGGGUGAAAUUGAGACACAAUUCCAGAAAUCUAUUGUCCACCCCGGUGAAAUGGUUGGUGUUGUUGCUGCGCAGUCUAUUGGUGAGCCGGCUACUCAAAUGACAUUGAAUACGUUCCAUUAUGCCGGUGUUUCAUCAAAAAAUGUCACUUUGGGUGUUCCAAGACUUAAGGAAAUUUUGAACGUUGCGAAGAAUAUCAAAACCCCAGCAUUGACUGUGUAUUUGGAUCCAGAGGUAGCCUCGGACAUUGAAUUGGCCAAGAUUGUUCAAUCUUCGAUUGAGCACACUACUUUGAAGAAUGUCACUUCUUCGACAGAGAUCUACUACGAUCCAGAUCCAAGAACCACAGUUAUCGAAGAGGAUUAUGAUACCGUUGAGGCAUAUUUUGCUAUUCCCGAUCAAAAAGUUGAGGAAAGCAUCGAGAAACAAUCGCCAUGGCUAUUGAGAUUGGAGCUCGACCGUGCCAAGAUGUUGGAUAAACAAUUGACAAUGGCCCAGGUUGCGGAAAAGAUUUCGCAAAACUUUGGUGAAGAUUUGUUUGUUAUUUGGUCAGACGAUACUGCUGACAAGUUGAUUAUUCGUUGUAGAGUGGUUCGAGAUCCAAAAACCUUGGACGAGGAUGCCGAUGCGGAAGAGGAUCAAAUUUUGAAACGUAUUGAGGCUCAUAUGUUGGAGUCUAUUUCAUUGAGAGGUAUUCCUGGUAUCACAAGAGUGUUUAUGAUGCAACACAAGGUGAGCAAGCCAGAUGAGACCGGUGAGUUUAAACAAGGUAAAGAGUGGGUGUUGGAAACCGAUGGUGUGAACUUGGCCGAUGUUAUGGCAGUUCCCGGUGUUGACUCAGCUCGUAUUUAUUCCAAUGACUUUAUUGAAAUUUUGUCGGUAUUGGGUAUAGAAGCUACUAGGUCUGCUUUGUACAAAGAGAUUUUGAAUGUUAUUGCAUUCGAUGGUUCUUACGUCAAUUACCGUCAUAUGGCGCUUUUGGUUGAUGUGAUGACAUCGCGUGGUCAUUUGAUGGCCAUUACUCGUCAUGGUAUCAACAGAUCUGAUACAGGUGCUUUGAUGCGUUGUUCUUUUGAGGAGACUGUUGAGAUUUUGUUGGAUGCCGCAGCCGCUGCCGAGUUGGAUGAUUGCAAGGGGAUUUCAGAGAAUGUUAUGUUGGGACAAAUGGCACCAUUGGGAACCGGUGCAUUUGAUGUUAUGGUUGACGACAAAAUGUUGCAACUGGCCCCAACUAAUGUCGCGAUGGAGGUUAUUGCCGACGAUGGCGGAGCUACUCCUUACAGGGAAGCUGAAAUGCAAGAUGAUAGGAUUCAAGUUGAUGAAAGUGCUGGUUUUUCUCCUGUUCAUCAAGCACCAACAGCAGAAGGUAUGAACGGAGGCUUGACUUCUUAUGGAGGGCAACCAACCUCACCAAGUGCCACUUCUCCAUUCAGUUACUCAACUAGUCCAAGCUAUGGAGGAACAAGUCCAGGCUAUGGUGGCACCAGCCCAGGGUAUGGUUACUCGCCAACAUCUCCAAGCUACUCACCAACAUCUCCAAGUUACUCACCUACUUCCCCAAGCUACUCACCAACAUCCCCAAGCUAUUCACCAACAUCCCCAUCUUACUCACCUACAUCUCCAUCUUACUCACCUACGUCUCCAAGCUACUCGCCAACAUCUCCAAGUUACUCACCUACAUCACCAAGCUAUUCACCUACGUCUCCAUCAUACUCACCUACAUCUCCAAGCUACUCACCUACAUCUCCAAGUUACUCGCCAACAUCUCCAAGUUACUCACCUACAUCUCCAAGUUACUCACCUACUUCCCCAAGCUACUCACCAACAUCCCCAAGCUACUCACCAACAUCCCCAAGCUAUUCACCAACAUCCCCAUCUUACUCACCUACGUCUCCAUCUUACUCACCUACGUCUCCAAGCUACUCACCUACAUCACCAAGCUACUCACCUACGUCUCCAUCUUAUUCACCUACAUCACCAACGUAUUCUCCUACGUCCCCGCAGUACUCACCAACGAGUCCUCAGUACUCGCCAACUUCUCCAAGCUACUCUCCUGGAUCUCCAGGCUAUAACCCUGAAUCACCCAAGAAAGAAGAGAAGUAA